ACAUUCAGCCCAGCCCUGCUACAGCCCGCUGCUCCUGUUUACCCUUCAAACAGGAAAAGCAACUCUCAGCACAGCUCCUUGACAAAUUUUCUGUCAAACAUUACUGAAGGGCUGCUUUAGUUGCUCAUGAACUCUCAGCACCCAUCUCACAAGUGACAAUUCACCACAGGGCUCCAGCGUGGCUGCCAGGACAGAGGCUGAAGAGACUGCAGCCCCGAAUUUCACAGGGUGACCUGUGGCUGUCAGUCCUUCCCAGCUGUGCUCUCUGCCCACCACCAUGCGGGUAACAAGUGUGAUCCGGGCCCUGGCGCUGCUCCUCACCCUGCUGGGCACCUGGUUCCUCAUGCAGACCUACUUCCAGCACAGCUGGAGAGCCAUCAGCCUGCGCAGCUGGCUCGGUGCCUCGAAGAAGCCCAGCAGUGAGAAGCUGCCCCGGCACAAGUGUGGGAACCAGAAGAGCUGCCCCCAGAAUUAUUUUGCCUUCAAGAUCAUCAGUGGUGCUGCAAAUGUGGUGGGACCCUCGAUCUGCUUUGAAGACGUUGUCCUCAUGAGCAGCGUGAAAAACAACAUUGGCAGAGGCCUGAACAUUGCACUGGUGAAUGGAACAACUGGGAAGCUCCUGAAAACUGAUGCCUUUGACAUGUACUCUGGAGACAUUACCAAGCUGCAGACCUUCCUCCAAGGGAUCAAGCGUGGCACCCUUGUGCUCACAGCAAGCUACGACGAUGCUGCCACAAAGAUGAAUGCCAAAGUGCGGGCGUAUUUCACGGAGCUGGGCAGCAGCCACGUGGGUACACUGGGCUUCCGGGACAACUGGGUCUUCUUGGGAGCAAAAGGGCUGAUGAACAAGAGCCCCUUUGAAAAGCACAUUAAAAAUGAUAAAGAGACAAAUAAAUAUGAGGGCUGGCCUGAGCUGUUGGAGAUGGAGGGCUGUGCCCCCAAGAAGAUGGACUAGCAUCAAGCUCCAGCCUGCCACGGAGGACAGUCUCACAGGGACACCAGACCCAUCGUGGGGACUGCAGCCUCUCCACUGCCAGGCUACAGAGUCCAGCAGCUGCUGCCUGCUCACAGGAACUGUUUCACAGCAGGAACUGUGCUGGCCUUGGAGAAGAGCUGUACAAGUGCCUGCAGAGCUGAGCAGACACGUGGCCAGGCUGCAGCCAAGCCAUCCUCAUCUAUGGGUCAGUUUUGGGUAUUUUAUUUUUCUAUCUUUCAACUAAAAACUUUGUAGAAGUUUUUGUAAAUUUCUUAAAUGAGAUUUCUAAUUACAAAACACUACCUUCUCCUUUCCAUUUUCAAGCAUAAUCAACACUUUCCCCCGCAGGCAGAGCAUGCCAGGUCCUGUGCCACCAGUCUAGCAUCACCCAUCCCACAGCCCUGCUCACAGGAGCUCCUUCUCCCCACAUGGCACAGGGUAAAGUCAUCCCUGGAGAUGCUCAGACAUUGGUGGUUUCCCCAUGGAGCUCUUGCCAAUGUCCUACAGUCUCCUGCAGUCACAGCAAGGCCAGAAGUCCACAGGGAUAGCAUGCAGCAAUGAAGGUUAAUAUUUGCAGACCAAAGUAUCAUUUCUGGGUGUUACCAACUGGUUUAAACCCAGAAGAGCCAAGAAAACUAAGUCUCUAUGUAUAAAACAGAAAGAACUUUGAAAAUUCAAAAUACUCCCAAAAAUGAGAUAAAAACAAAUAAGAUUAAAAGUUGAUGCCAAAAAUUUGAUAUAUUU